AUGAGCAUCCUUCCACGUGAGAAAGUCAUGUUGGACAUAGUUGUGAUGUUUCACCAAUACAGUGGAUAUGAUGGUAUGAUUGACAUGCCAGGUCUGGUGAACUUGAUGAAGGAGAAUUUCUCCAACUUCCUCCGUGGCUGUGAAAAAAGCGACACAGAUUACUUGUGCACUGCCUUUGAGAAAAAAGAUGAGAAUAAGGAUAAGAAGAUUAAUUAUUCUGAGUUUCUUUCCUUGCUGGGGGAUGUAGCCAUAGACUACCACAAGAUAAUGCAUGGAGCGAGUCUCAGACGUUGGAAAGCAAGCCAGGCAACUGGCGCUCUUUCCUGCAGCUUACUGGACACAGGAGCUGCGGAGCUGCUGAAGGACUUACUCAACCUAUGUGACAAAUACACCCAAGAUUCAGAUGCCGUGUUGCUAAGGAAUCAUGCCAUCAGUCCCAUGGCCAGAAGUCCUGUUCUGAAGGUUAUGGAUGACCCAACCCCAUCUCAGCCCAGCCCAGCCCGUGGGCUCUCCACCCAGGCCCUGGUUUAG